AUGGUGCAUAAAUGUUGUGUGCCCAAUUGCACAUCAAACAAAAAUAUUCCGAGGCACCAAUUUCCAAAAGAUGUGCAACGAACCAUAAUAUGGCUUGCAGCAAUAAAAAGAACAGACCUGAUUGGUGUACAAAGGGAAAGAUUAGAUAAGUUAAGAAUUUGCACUAUUCAUUUUUCAGAUGAUAGUAUUUAUAAUUAUACUCAAAGACGAAUUUUAAAAAGUAACGCUAUUCCAUCCUUAUAUUUACCGAGUGAAAUAAAUGACGAUAGUGAAGAACCUAGAAUUAUAAUGAAUACAAGUUUUAUUCCAAAUGUAGAAUGUAAUGUUCCAACAAAAAAUGAUACUAAUGUAACUUAUUGUAAUUUCAUUGAUAAUAAUUUAACUGAAAAUAAUGUAAUUGAUAGUAAUUUAAUUGAUCGUAAUUUAAUUGAUAAUAAUUUAAAUAACAUAGAUAAUAAUAGUGCAAAAUCUAACUUAUUAGUCGAUUCCUCAAGUACGUUAAUCAAAGUUUCAGACAACCUUCGAUCAUCCCAAAGUAUAAGAAAAAAUAUUAAAAACUUGAAAGUACUCUUGCGCAAGAAGAAAGUCAUUAUUGAAUCACAGAAAAGGAAGAUUAAGGAAUUACGCAAUAGAAAUAUGUGGGAUGAUCUGACCGAUGCAACUGAAAUACAGAAGACUUUCUUCGAAAUAAUAAGAAAAAAUUUAAAGAGAAAACCAGAGGUAUUAGGAGCAGUACUGUCUGACAGUAUAUCUUCAAAGAAAGAAGAUAAUGAUGUAAAGAAAAAAAGAAAGACAGCAGAUAGUUGUAUACUCACUCAACAUAUAAACAGAAAUGACACUGUGGGUCAACGCUACAAUGCAAAAGAAAAAGCAUUUGCUUUAACAAUGUACAAGACAAUGGGGAAGCGUGCUUACUUAUCUUUACGAUCAAUUUUUAAAGAAAUACCGAGUAUUCAAACUUUACAAUCGGUUUUGCACAGAAUACCUUUGUUCCCAGGAUUGAACUCUUUCAUUCUGAGACAUUUGAAAAGCAUAGCUUUAAACAUGUCAAUGAAGGAGAAAGUGUGUAUCCUUAUUUGGGACGAGGUAUCAAUACAACCCAAAUUUACUUAUGAUAUUCGAAAGGAUAUCAUAUGUGGAUUUGAGGAUUGGGGCAAUAACCGAACGCAAAAAAUCGCGGAUCAUGUUUUAGUUUUUAUGUUAAAAGGAAUAAAUUCAUCUUGGAAAAUACCAAUAUCUUUUAAUUUUUGUAAUAAAGUAACUAAUACCGCACAAUUAAUUCGAUGCAUUAGGGAACAUGUUCAAAAAAUAAAAGCAGGCUUCCACAUUGUUGCAAGUGUAUGUGAUCAAGGAACUAACAAUGUCGCAGCAAUAAAUGAAUUAUUACGGCGUACUAAUAUAACAAGGCAUAAAGAGAAUAGAGCACAGAGGCUUUUGAAGUACAAAAUGCAGAAAUAAUCCCGCUAUACGACCCAUCACACCUCAUUAAAGGUAUCAGGAAUAAUUUAUUAACGAAAGAUAUAGCCAUGUCUGUGAGAAAUAAUAUUCCACAGAAAAUUGCAAGCUGGGAUACAAUUAAAUGCGCAUGGCUUAUGGAUAAACAUUUAAAUAUAAUUCAUCCACAUUUGAAACAUAUGACACCGGAACACAUAAUAGAAGAAAAAAUUAAAAAGAUGCGAGUGAAACAUGCAGUACAAGUACUAAGUGGGCGUAUGGCAAGCGUUAUAGAAACAUUUGCAAGAUCAAAGUUAAUUGUAUCAAUAGAAAAUGAAAAUGUGAGCAUCGACGAAGAAGAGGGACUUGCAACGAUGGAAGUUGUGAAUUUUUUUAAUCAAUUAUUUGACUCAGUGAAUGGAGACAAUAAACACAACAAUAAUGAAUUACGAU